ACAACGAAUUUGGGAGUUGAAAGGUUUAAUUUGGGAAGGCUCAGUUCUUGAUCCGGAAGAAGGUAUCCGUUUCCGCGGUCUAACCAUACCAGAAUGCCAAAAAGUGCUGCCCAAAGUCCCUGGUGGCGAAGAGCCUCUUCCUGAAGGUCUUUUCUGGCUAUUAGCUACUGGCGAGGUUCCCACCGAAGACCAAGUAAAACAAUUGUCUUUAGAAUGGGCCGCUCGAGCAGCUUUACCCAAAUUUGUCGAAGAGAUGAUUGAUCUUUGUCCAAAUACUCUUCACCCCAUGAGUCAAUUCUCUUUGGCUAUCACUGCAUUACAGCACGAGUCUAAUUUUGCUGCCGCUUAUCAGAAAGGAGUUAACAAGUCUGAAUAUUGGUCGUAUGUGUUCGAAGAUGCUAUGGACUUGAUUGCCAAAUUACCAAAUAUCGCCGGGAGAAUUUACAGAAACGUGUUCAAGGACGGAAAGGUAGCGCCCAUCGAAAAAGACAAGGAUUAUUCCUAUAAUUUGGCAAAUGUACUCGGAUUUGCGGGCGAUGCCCAGUUUGUCGAGUUGUUGAGAUUGUAUUUGACUAUUCAUUCAGAUCAUGAGGGUGGAAAUGUAUCUGCACAUACUACGAGACUUGUCGGCAGUGCCCUCUCUGAUCCAUAUCUAUCCUUUGCAGCUGCUAUGGACGGGCUAGCUGGUCCGCUUCACGGGCUUGCAAAUCAAGAAGUCAUCCGUUGGGUUCUCAAACUCCGUGACGAGAUUGGUGAAAAUCCAUCUGAUGAUACAAUAAAAGAGUAUGUCUGGAACACGCUUAAAUCUGGUCAAGUUGUUCCAGGGUAUGGGCAUGCUGUCCUUCGUAAGACUGAUCCACGCUACAUGGCACAGCGAGAGUUCUGUUUACGACACUUACCCAACGAUCCACUUUUCAAAAUCGUUUCUCAACUUUAUAAUCUUGUACCUGGAGUAUUAGAAGAACAUGGAAAGACCAAGAACCCUUGGCCAAAUGUUGAUGCUCAUUCUGGCGUCGUAUUACAACAUUUUGGUUUAGUUGAGCAAAACUUUUACACUGUAUUAUUUGGUGUAUCGAGAUGCUUGGGUGUUAUGCCGCAGUUAAUCUGGGAUCGAGCUCUUGGAUUCCCGAUAGAACGACCAAAGUCUUACUCGACAGAGAUGAUCAAGAAGAUAUUUGAAGAACAAUCGUCUUAA